AUGCAUGAGAUUAAAAAAGGUAUCCAAUUGGGUUGCGGUUUUAUUUCUCUUGAAAACUUACUGUUUUUCGCCAGGACUUAUCCGGCAUCUUUUCGUAGGUUGUUGUUCAAGCAAGAUGGGAAUCGAGCAACUUGGGAAUACCCAUUUGCUGUUGCUGGCAUUAAUGUGUCAUUUAUGUUAAUUCAGAUGUUGGAUUUAUUCUCAGAUAAACCAAGAUGUCUUCCAGGAAUCAAUUUUAUUAGAAUAUUAGGAGAAGACGAACAAGCCUUUGAUGUAUUAUACUGUAUAGCUUUUGAAAUGAUGGAUGCUCAGUGGCUGGCAAUGCAUGCUUCCUAUAUGGAGUUUAAUGAGGUUAUAAAAGUAACCCGGAGGCAAUUGGAGAGAGAACUUUCUUUGGAAGAUGUUCAUCGGAUACAAGAUUUACCGGCAUACAACCUGUUAUACCAGUAACCUUUUCUUCCGCAACUCUUCAAACCCACAAAAAGUUACCAUGGACAGUUUGCAAUGAAUCUAAAUAUUUUGAUCCAAAGACCUAUCUGGGAAGAACUCCUCUGGGACACCAUGUUUCUGAGGUUUUUACCACUGAUAUUUGUACAGCACAUGGACCCUGCUCAAGAUAACAUAGUUUUGUGGAUCAAUUUGGCAGUGAACCCUGAAAAGUCUAGACCGACUGCAGCUAAAUUUUUCAGAUUGAUAUAGUGCUUCUAAUCUAUUAUCAAAGAAUUUUGGCGUUUAUGUGGCUACCAGUGGGAACUAGAAGACAAUGUAAAAGAUCAAUUGAUAGUCACCCAUUUCGGGUUGCAGUUUCCAGGUAAUGACAAUUAGGAUUUCUGUCAUUACAAUUUUUUAAGACAAAUUCUGCAGAAAGAUUAGAUGAUUCAGAUUAUGCAGUGGAGAUCUUAGUCAAUAUAAUGCUUAGAUUAAAACGGGAGCAAAUGUGUUAUAUAUCCAUCAAACAUGAAUUUGUAUUUUGUAUUUUGCGGCUUUUCUUGAUAGCUGGUAAUUUAAAAGAGUGUCCUCAUAAUCGUA